GCAACUUGCAACUUGCAACUUGUUCGCGAUGCAGCACCCAAAGACGUUGGCGCUGCUGGGCGCCGUGUGCUCACUGACAGUGGCUGCUGCUGGCAGCGUGCCGCGCGGAGUUGGACCCGAGUUCAUCUCCCAUUACCAGAACAAGGAGGUGUUUGCCUGCAUCGCCAACCCCUCCAUCACCAUUAGCCCGGACCGCGUCAAUGACAACACCUGCGAUUGCCCAGACGGCUCCGAUGAGCCUGGCACUGCUGCGUGUGCCUUCAUCGACCCUCGCUCUCCCGAGCAGCCCCUGAUCGGCAGCCCUUCUGGGACUACAAAUGCCACUCGCUCCCUGCCUGGAUUCUGGUGUAACAACAAGGGUCACAUCGGGGGCUACAUUCCUUUCACCUUCGUCAAUGAUGGCAUCUGUGACUACGAUGUCUGCUGCGAUGGGUCAGAUGAAAAUGGAAGUGUCAACGGUGUCAAGUGCGAAAACCGCUGUGCGGCCAUGGGCAAAGAGUACCGCAGACUGGCAGAAGAGAGGAAGAAGAGCGUUGCAAAGGCCAACAUCAAAAAGCGAGAAAUGAUCAAAGAGGCAGCGGAACUUCGUCAACGUGCGGAAGCUCGCAUUGCAGCUCUGGAGAAGGACGUCAAGGAUCUCGAGGCCAAGAAGGAAGACUUGCAGCGCAAGUACGCUCAAGUCCAAAACGAAGAAGCAGGUAAGAUUGUGAAGAGUAAAGGCGGUCGCGGUGGUAAACUCGGCAUCCUCCUUGGUCUCGCCAAGGACAGAGUUGAAGAGUUGCGAGAGGCUCUCAGACUGGUCACGGAGGACCGCGAAAUCAUGCGUAGCAAGAAGAACGAGCUCGAGGCUAUUCUCAUGCAGUUUAAGCAAGACCAUGACCCCAACUCCAACGAUGAGGGAGUCAAGGCUGCCAUCAAGUCUUUUGAAGAUUGGGCAGCCCGCGAAGCCUCCGCCGACCAGUCUGAGUUCCUCGAGUCCGAUGUCAACGAGAUCCUCAAAGAGGACGACGAGACCAACGGAGUGAACUGGAAAGCAUUCGAAGAACAGCAAGAUGACACGGACAUCCUCUACGACUUUGACGCUUACAUCCCUCCCUUCAUCCGCGAUGUGCUUCACGACAAAAUCAGGAUUGUUCGUCAAUGGCUGAUUUCCAACGGCAUGAUGGCCGAUCCUGCCACUGAUGGUUCGGAGUCGAGUGUUGUCAAGGCUGCUCGGGAGGCGGCCGAAACAGCCGAGCAGGAGCUCGGUCACAAGACCAGGGAGCUUGACCAAGAGAGGUCCGACAUCCAGAAGGAUUAUGGGCCAUCUGACAUUUUCCGCGCUCUCCAGGGCAAGUGUGCUGAGAUUGAUGCGGGCGAGUAUACGUACGAGCUCUGCUGGCUCGAUAAGACGCUCCAAAAAUCCAAGAAGGGACAUGCCCACUCCAACAUGGGCAACUAUGAGCGAACCGAGAUUGCGAUUGCAGACGAGGAAGAGAGGGUGGACGGUAGGUCACUGGGCAGCGGUCCCAGAAUGGUGAUGCGAUAUGAGAACGGGCAGACAUGCUGGAACGGCCCUCAGAGACGAACCGACGUCUGGCUCGGAUGCGCGGAAAAGGAAGAGAUCUGGCGGGUUAGCGAGGCCGAGAAGUGCGUCUACAAAUUGGAGGUGGGAACGCCGGUAGCCUGCGAGGACGAAGAUGUCAAGAAGCCCGAUGAAAAGGAUGAACUGUAAAGCGGCACGCGCUUGGCCGUUGUAGAGCCACGACACACGGCCCAAACACUGUAAGGCAUGGAGCAGUUGCCAUGACACGUCGUUUGCGAGCGGGCAACAGCCAUUACGGAGUACGGAAUUAGAAGAAAACGUUUACACCAAAGAUCAAAUGAUAAUCGGAAUGAUGAUGACGACGAAGAUGACUCUUGUCCUUG